AUGAAUGAAGGAAUAAAUAAAUAUGAGAAAAAAUUAAUGAAGUUUCUUCUGUGAUGUCUUGAAAAAUCGAACGGGGAUCAUCGGUAAAAACUGUAGCUUGGGUGUAUACAGGAAUGCAUAUCAUGUCCACAGAUAAUCCCACACAGCUGCUGACCACGCGGGAUCUUGGCCAAUUGCGUGGCCAUCUACAGGCGACAACAGCGCCAGCGCCAGCGACGGCACCAAGUGCCGUACAUGGAUACCGCAGCGUAAUCCCCCCACCUAUCAGCACCUCAGCAACAGCAACAUCAUCCACCACGAGUAGCAGCAAUAGCAGCAGCAUUCAUCACGGAGGUGGCAACAUGCAGGCCACCAGCUCAAAAUAUGUCGUCAUCCAACCGAACCACAAUGGCGGCUUCACGGCCUACGAUAGUAGUGCCAGUGCAGUAGCCACCUCGCCCACGGUCGGCGGUGGCGGUGGCGGUGCCGGAACGGGUGGAAAUAUUGUUCUUCUAGCCGCCGAGCCCCUGGAAAUGGGUUCGGCCGAUGCAUUGGCCGCCGCUGCAGCGGCAGCAGCGGGUGCGGACGAUGGAGAGCUGCGCUCCUUGUCGUGGCUGAGCGACAGCAAUCUGAUCAAGGGUAUUGUCACGAGCAGCGGCCCCACAACGGCCGCAUCGCAGGCGAAAAGGGCAGCAGCUGUGGCCCUCAAGGCUCCUGCGGCAGUCUGCCUUGUCGGCGAUCUCAUUGAGGAGCUGCCGGCAAGCAGCAACGAUAUGGCGGAUGCGGGUGAGCAGCAGGGGACGCCGGGUGGCGUCUACAGUACCACGACAGUGCACAAGGGACCCAGCGGCACCACCACAGUGGUGGAGUACAAGGCCACCAAGACGACGACGACGGCCACAAGAACAAGCUACAUGCCUGUGGUGGUGACCAGCAGCAACAGCAGCAUCAUCACACCAGCACAGCAGCAGCAGACCCAACAGAUAUAUGUGACCAGCAAUGGGACGGGUGCCACAACAUACAAGACCUCCUCCCCCACAUCGAUGGCCACGGUCUCUGUUUCGUCCGCCCUGCCCUGCUCGCCGAAUAAUAACAGCAACCACCACAAUACCACCACCCACCAUCCCCACAAGAAAUAUCUGCGGGAGAAGAUGAACGUGGACCACAGCAAUCAUGUGGCCUCCAUGGUGACGGUUGUCAGUUCGCCCGCAUCCUCCAACAAUUCAUCGCUUAGCUCCACCUCCGCUUCCGCCUCCGCCUCCUCCAUGUCGGCUAAUGGAUCAUCGGGGGGCAUCAAUGGGGCUGGAAAUAGUCCAGGGCCCAAGGCAGCCAGCAGCUAUACCACCGUCUACGAAACGGUUAAGUUCUCUGGCGCUGGAACAACGCCCUGCAGCAGCAGCAGCAGCAGCAGCAACAACCUCAGCAACAGCAACAGCAACAGACAGCACCUGCCCGAUCAUACGACGCUGAUAACCACAACGGGAUUGAUCAGUGCCUCGUCCCUGACGGGCAGCUAUAGUUUUGUGAAUCAUUUGGCCGGAUCCACGCAUGUCAUUGUGUCGCCGCCACCGCCGCCAAUCAAUGCAACAAUGGGGGCUCAUAAUGGAUCUGGAUCUGGAUUGAAUCUGCGAAGCCCCAACAGCUACAGCAGCUACGAGAAUGAGGAUUCGCUGAAGGAGUUCGAUAUGACAGUAAACUCCAGGAUGCAUACCAGCACCCCCCAAUAUGUGGCAGCGGCAGCCAAGAGCAGCAGCUACAACAACAACAACAACGCCAACAGUUCCUCCAAUACCACCAACGGAGGAGGAGGAGCCGCCGGUGGUGGUGGUGGUGGUGCAGGCAACACACCACAGAAGCAAAAGCAUCCCAACAAUGUGCCAUACGAUCCGCUAGUGCAUACAAACAACAAGCCGCCAUAUAGCUUUAGCUCCCUCAUCUUUAUGGCCAUUGAGGGCUCGAACGAGAAGGCGCUGCCUGUAAAAGAGAUCUAUGCAUGGAUUGUCCAGCACUUUCCAUACUUCAAGACGGCCCCCAAUGGCUGGAAGAACAGUGUGCGGCACAAUCUGUCGCUAAACAAGAGUUUCGUUAAAGUGGAGAAGGCCCCCAAUAUGGGCAAGGGUUCGUUGUGGCGCGUAGAGCCGCAACAGCGUCAAAAUCUCAUCCAGGCCCUCAAUCGGUCGCCAUUCUUUCCGAAUUCAGCGGUGGACAAGAUCAGUACAUCGCUGAAGAGUCCCAAUGGGCAGGGGGCAGCCCUGUCAUCAUCCGGCGGAUACGAUGGCAUUGAUGGAGUGGCUGCCGCUGCCGCCUCCGCCGCUCUCUCCACCAAUGGAAUGGGAAUGGGAAUGGGCUGUGGCAACUCUGCGGCUCCAGUGGCACUGGUCACACCCACAAAAAGCAAUGGCCUGGUGCUCGCCAACGGUGGUGCUAGUCAAUCGGCCGCCAUGCCAAACAGUCCAUUGGCGAACGCUGGCGGAGGAGGGAAUGCCAGUCAUGCGCGCGUCGAUCCGAAGCUGUUCCCCUAUUUGUCCAAGGCCUUCAGCAAAAUCCGCGAGGAGGUGGGCCGCCCACGCAGCAGCUGCUCCUCGGGCGAAGCCCUCGAUGACGAGGUCUCCGGCGAAUAUGCGGGCAACCAAAACCAAAACCACAACAGCGUCAGUGGCAGUGGCAGUGGCAGCGGCAGGUACAUCUAUGUGGGAAACGGAGUUGCUGGUGCUGGUGCUGGUGCUGGUGCUUCUGCUGCCGGCACAAAUGCAAGUGGAGAUGGCAUUAACUUUGAGCGACUGGCGCGCGAUUGCGGGGCUGACAGCAUGGACGAUGUGCAUGCUGCGGCGGCCAUGCUCUUCCUAAAACACGGACCAAAGGCCUUCACCGAGUCCUUUCAAAAUGGGGCCCCAGUGAUUACGAGUUCGCCGAGCGAGGAUCACACGUAUUCCGCGGGCGGCAAUAGCAAUGCGGACAGCGGCGCUUCCACACCUCUUAUGAAUGGCAAUAUCCUGGCGGGGCAGACACCAGCCCAGAUGCAGCUGCAGGCGCAGGCUAAUGCCGGCGCAGGAUCGGACAGCAAUUGCGCCAGCUCUGAUGCGGCCUACGACAGCAGCGAGGAGAAUCACAAUAUUACGCCCGAGGAGUUGGCCGAUCAGCAGCGACAUCGUGAUGGUGUCGACGCAUUGCUCUCACUGUCGCGCUCAUCCAUCGUUGAGUGCGGGUCGGUGGCCACCACGCACUACCACAGCAACGGGAGCAGCGGCAGCAGUCACGGCUCUCCGCACAAGCGCCCCUCCAGCCACAGUCUGGAGGAGGAGCACGAGCACCACCUCCUGCAACAGUACCAGCCACUGUUGUCGUCCACAUCACAGACUGUCUACACGAAUGGCAGCGGCAGCAAGAUGGCACUCCUCAGCAGUGCCGCCGCCAAUGUGGCGUUGGCCCAACAGCAGCAACAGCAGCAGCAGCAGCACCACCACCAAAUCCAUCAGAUGCACGUGAGUGGCAGCUACUUGACUGGGUUGAAUCAUUGCCUGCCCGCUGCAACGGGAGCUGGAGGACAGGCGGCCAUGUUACCCCAACAUCUCAGUGCUGCGAUGGCCAAUGCUGCGGUAGCAGCAGCAGCAGCGGCGGCAGCGGCCAAGAAUAAAGUGAAGCCUGUGCGGGGAUUGCGUACAAAGAUCAAGCGCAAGUCCGCAUGGAUGCGGUGAAUGUGGCGCCAGGCCGGAGGCCGCCGGAGGACCAUCUCCUAGCCCCUCUAUAGACACUCGCAUGUCCCCUCCAUGGCC